CACACACCACACCAGACCAAAUCUUUCAACCAAAACCAUGAACAAGAAAACAAAAAGCAAAAAAAGAAAACAAAUGAUUGCAAAAUAAUAAAAAUUCAGACCCACAAUUUAGUUGUUAGAUAGAUAGACACAUACCUCCACAAACCAUGCCCAACAAACAACAAAAUCCCAAAAACACCAACGCCACUAACACCACUCUGCUCAACUCAAGUUGUUUACUACCGAUCGGGAAUGCGAAGCUUCUUAACAACACCACCACCAUCACAAAAACACUAUUCUACUCCGUUGAAACGAUGUCGUUUCACCCAAACCCUAGCCUCACUCCUCCACCAGCCACACCAGCGUUAAAGCCCUGGCUCAACACCACCGCCACCACGGAGCCCCUCAACCCUAUGGUCCUCGCCAUGCACCUCUCCGACCCCAAAUCUAAAACCCUAAUCCCCAAUUCCACACUAAUCAUAAUGGACCGAACCCUUCUUUUAUCGGACGAGCUUCUCCUCCGAAUCCUCUCCAAGCUCCCCAAUUCGCAGCAGCAGCGGAACUCCAACUCCUUAGUCUGCAAACGCUGGCUGAACCUCCAGGGUCGGCUCGUCCGAACCUUGCGUGUCCUCGAUUGGAACUUCGUCCUCUCGGGUCGGUUAAUUAUUCGCUUCCCGAACCUGAACCACGUGGACUUGGUCCCAGGUUCGUUCACUUCUUCUGUAUACUCAUCGAUUGUCGUAAGCCACAGGCUCGUUUCGAUGCACGUGGAUUCCGCGUGGCGAAUCGGCGUCGAAAAAAACCUGUUACCGGGCGAGACGGUUGACGCCGGACUCAAAUCGCUCGCGGGCGGGUGCCCUAAUUUACGCAAGCUCGAGGUGGCAGGUUGCAGCGAGGCCGGGAUUUCGACGAUUGGCGCGGAAUGUGUUACUCUGCAGGAGCUCGAGCUGCAGAGGUGCGACGACGCCGUUUUGGGAGGCGUUGCAGGGUGUGAGAAUUUGCAGAUUUUGAAAAUAGUUGGGUGUGUGAGGGGUUUUUAUGAGUCUGUGGUUUCGGACAUUGGGCUCACGAUUUUAGCGCAGGGGUGUAGGAGAUUGGUGAAAUUGGAGCUUGUGGGGUGCGAAGGGAGUUUCGACGGGGUGAAGGCGAUUGGGCAGUGCUGUGUGAUGUUGGAGGAGUUGGUGAUUGUGGACCACAGGAUGGAUGAUGGGUGGCUGGCCGGGGUUUCGUUUUGCGAGAAUUUGAAGACUCUGAGGGUUCAGUCGUGUAAGGUGAUCGAUGGGAGCCCCGGGUUGGAGGAGCAUUUGGGCUGCUGCGAGGCGCUUGAGAGGGUGCAUUUGCAGAAAUUCCAGAUGAGGGAUCGGAACGGCGUGGGAGCGCUGUUUUCGGUGUGUAGGAAUGCAAGGGAGAUUGUUCUUCAGGAUUGCUGGGGGCUGGAUGAUGGCACCCUGAGUUUGGCUGUUGUUUGCAGGCGGGUAAAAUUGUUUUACGUAGAAGGAUGCUCAUUGCUUACAACAGAAGGUUUGGAGUCCGUAAUUGAGCACUGGAAGGAGCUAGAGUGCCUUAGAGUAGUCUCAUGUAAAAACAUAAAGGACAGUGAUAUCUCUCCUGAACUUGCAACCCUAUUUUCCACUCUCAAAGAGUUGAAAUGGAGGCCAGAUACAAAAUAUCUUUUCCCUUCUGAUGUUGGUGUAAGCAUGGGGAAGAAAGGUGGUAAAUUUUUCAAGAGAUCAUGACAUGAUGAUACAACUGUGUUCACUAUGUAGUCAGAAAAUCUAGGGCUAUGGUAUUAGGAGCAGAACAGAUAUUAUUCUCACUCACUGAUUAUAGUGGAAAUUUGUACCAUUAUUUAAUCACGUUAGUUAGUUUAGAUGGUUAAUAACUAGAUGUUGACAGGGGGUGAUUAUUACUUUUACCCGUCACCUAGUGAUGUAAUUAUGUAUAAGCCCCAACCCGUUUCAUUUCAUUUUGAAAUUGGGUAAAACUUGUUUGCCUGCAGCUUUCACUGUUCUUUUGUUUAUGCAAUUAGAAUACGGAACCAAACUAGAAAUGUAAUUGUAUGUAAGCAGGAACACACAGUUGACUCCAAGCAGAGAAAUUUGGAUGCCUUUGUUUCGCAGCUUA